UACAAAAAACAUGAUACUUUUUCACCAAGUAAGUAGAUAAACAGGGGUUUUCCUCCAUGGUUAUUUUUAGACGGGGAAUAACCCCUAGUUUUUAGUACGAAACUGUUUAUAGCACCCUUUGUAUCGAUAUAAAUAUUAGGCCAAGUCCGUAGUAUUUAUUAGAAUAUCAGUAUCUCAUUUAGAUUAAACCAGAUAACCACUGACAGUAAAAAUGAUCCUUUUUUGGUGUUAUUCUUUGCUUUUGAUAUCAGAUGUGAUAGCCAUCAAUUUUACGACUUGUUAUUCGGAAAAUCAAAAAAAUAUAUGCUCCUGCGAUCAUAAUCAGACGAGUUGUUCAAAUCAUGGUGACAAACUUGAUUUUAUUCCAAAGGUUCCGAAUAAUAUCGAAAUGCUGAUAUUUACGAACAAUAACCUGAAUCAAGUGACUGAAAUCACUUUUCUUAAUAUGACUAGGAGUAAGAUGGCACAUCUUAGUCUGGUUGGGAAUGCUAUACGGUACAUAUCGAAGCAUACAUUUAGAGAAUUUACCGCUCUUACUUUUCUGGAUCUAAGUUAUAAUGUAAUUCCAGUAAAUGUAGAAAUUGCCUUCAGUAAUUUGCAGUUUAGAACGAAUGAUUCAUUGAUAUGAAAUCAUAUGAACAUUACAGAAACCAACACAAAUGAACUGUUUCGUUAUCUUGAUACAAACGGAAUCGAAACACUUUCUUUAGCCUACAACAAUUUAGAGGACAUUGACAGUUGCGACUGGAUGAAAUUUCAAUCUUUGAAAAUUCUAAAUAUAACCGGUAAUAAAUUGAAGAAUAUGACAUUCAAAUGACAUACGAAGAUUGAAAUCAUACACGCAGACUCCAACAACUUAGUGUCUUUUCCAAAUUUUUGUCUGGAUAACGACAAUUCAACUAAUUACUGGCAUGAUAAAUUCAAAACAGCUGUUCCAAGUUUAAGAAUGUUUUCUGCUUUCAGUAACAGAAUAAGAGAAAUGCCUUCAACUGCAUUGAGAUGUACGAACGAAUUACGGGAACUAGUUAUUACAAAGAAUUCAUUCCAUGAGAUUGAUCUUCAAACUUUUUAUAAAUUACAAACUCUGAAGAUGUCUAGUAUGUUCAGAUAUUACCAUGGAAUCAAACCCCAUUCACAUUCAGAACUUUUUACGGCCUCUAUCAAACAUCUGAUGUUGCAGAAUAUAUCGUUUGGAAUGUUUCCCACAAAUCUUGGAAUGUUUGAAGGACUUCAUCAUCUUAAAAGUCUUAACCUGUCAUAUUCCAAUCUUCCGUUUAGCCCUAUAGCGUCCAAAAUAGUGUUCAAAUCGUUGUCAAAUUUGACAAAAUUAACAUUACAGUUUGUAGGAUGGAAGAGUAUGCCUCAUAAUAUAUUCCAUUUGCUUCCAAACUUUAAAGCUCUAGAUUUAAGCAAUAACGAAAUAACCUAUUUAAGUUGGAGUCGCUUUAGAUAUUUAAAAUAUCUGGAACAAAUUGACUUUAGUAACAAUAGAGUUUUAAUAUCUGGUAAAUUAUCAGUCCCGACCUCGAUUUUAAGUUUGAAAUAUUUAGAUAUCUCAAACAAUACCUAUUACUGUACUUGUGAAAUUUUCUCAUUUUUCAAAGAAUUGUCAUUUAAAAAUUUGACGAUCAAACAUUAUCCAGAAGCAUAUAUCUGUACAAGUCCGAAAAGCAUGGCUGGCAAGUCGGUCGCCGAUGUUGAAUGCAAGCAACAUUUGAAAACUAUAGUUUAUACAAUUUUAAUUACGGUUUUAUUCGGGUGUGCGUUUGCCAUUAUUGCAUAUAAGUCCAGAUAUCGCAUUCGAUAUUUGAUUCAUAUUUCAAGAUCACGACAUUCUUGGAAAGUUAGAAAAAAGACUACACAACCAUUUCUAUUUGAUGGAUUUGUAGUUUAUAGCGAACCAGAUAAGACCUGGUUGUAUGAUAAUUUUUUACCAUUUCUAGAAACACAGCAUGGAUAUAAAUUAUGUAUUCAUGAUAGGGAUUUUCAAUAUGGAAGACUUAUUGUAGACAAUAUUGUAGAAAAUAUGAAGAACAGUAGAAAAAUAGUGCUUAUUCUUUCAGAGAGUUUUGCAGAGAGUAAAUGGUGCCAAUUUGAAGUUCUCUUGGCCCACGAAAGAUUUUUGGAACAUGGUCCAGAUUCUUUAAUUAGUAUUAAACUAGAAGAAAUUACUGCAUUUAGAAUGACAAACACAUUAGAAACGCUGAUCAAAUUUGCAACGCAUGCGGUUUGGUCAAAUCAAAAUAAGGAAGAAUUUUCUGUGCGAAUACUAGAUUGCUUUCAAGUAAAAACGGAUAAUAUUGAUAAAUAUAAGACAAACAGGAACAAACAUCGAUACUCACAUAGUCAUGCGCAGAAAAUGAAAGUGGAAAAGGAUAGAAAUAAAAUAUUCAGUGAUAAAUUCGAACAUCUGUUCAAUGAAAUGUGUAGCCGUGUCGAUCUUAUGAGCGAAAAUCUUUGUAAACGUAUGGACUCCCUCGAAAAGACAGUAAAAAGUGAUAUUACCUUCCUUAAAAACAAAGUAGACAAAUUAGAAACAAAUCUCACUUCACUGCAAGAUUCUAUUAUAGACUCUCAAAGUACUGCUAAAUAAUAUAAUUAAUGUAACUUUGAUAGUUUUAUAUUAGAACAAAACUAACAGCUCAAGAGGUAUUGUCCGUAAAAAGGCAAAUGUUUAACGGACUUGAUUACAUUUAGUUGGGACUAUUUAGCUUCGCCCCAGACCAAUACAGCAAGCUUCGCCAAAGGCCAAUACAGCAAGCUUCGUCACAGGUCAAUGCAGCAAGCUACGGACCAAUAAUAAGGCCAGAACAUAAAUAAUAAUGAUAUCAUAGCAUUUUCAUAUUCCAUAAAGGAAUUUAUCACAUCGCAGAUUGUUAAAUAAAGGGAUGGCAACGAGUACUCGAGUAUUCGGGUACUCGAUCGGAAGGCCGAGUACUCGAGUCCAGUUUUAGUACUCGGAUACUGGUUUGCCUGUUAUACAUCUUGA